AAACUCAGCAAUCCCCUGGCCGAACGCAAAUCCAAUUUGUCAGCUGACAGGAUCAAACAAAACUGGUGGUUCAUCGUUUGUGUCGUAUGUGAAAACGCAAAAACGAUGGCGCAGCCAAUAACUCCACUCACAUGCUUUUUAAUAUUGGCCGGCCUCUCGCUGUUCAGUUUCGGCAGCUUCGGCGACAGUCAGUCCGCCGAUGACGUGCCGAUGCCCAAGCUGAGUCAAAAUGUUGGUGUGCCGACCCUAAAGGUUUUGUACUGCUACUCGUGCGGUUAUAAGAAGAUGUUUGAACAGUAUGUCCAAAUCAUCAAACAAAAGUAUCCGUACAUCAUUAUUGAUGGCAGCAACUACGAUCCGCCGGGUCUUAGUUUGGGAUUGGCCAAGUUCAUUGGUAUUGCCAAGAUGAUCAUCAUAAUUUGCAUAAUUGGAGGAGUGAAUGUGUUCGAAUAUAUAAAUCAACCCAGGCCGUCGUGGUGGACGUGGUGUCUAGAUAACAAGCUUUAUGCUUGUAUGAUGCUGUUUUUCUUGUGCAACUUGUUGGAGGGUCAACUUAUACAAUCGGGAGCGUUCGAAAUGACUCUUAAUGAUGUGCCUGUUUGGUCUAAAUUGGAAACUGGAAGGGUACCACAACCAAACGAAUUAUUUGACAUAAUUGACAACCACAUGAGGUUCGCUGAUAGCAAAAUAGAAUAUGAUAAUUUUGCUAAAUAAUAUGAGAAUUUGUUGACUGUAUGUGUUGGCGAUAAAAGAUACAACUACUUUUGAUAUAUUUGAAGCAAUUUCUUGGAUAAUUUAUUAUAUUUUGUAAUACAUAUAAUGUCACUCAAUUGUUCAUGGAGAAAAUUAUGAAGGGGUGCAAUCAUGAUGUGUAAAUAAUGUUAUUUCAAUCCAAAUUUAUGUUUGUACAUUUUUUAAUUGAGUUGAUCACAAAUUUCAUUCCUAUUCGUUGUUUUACAAUAAAUAUUUAAAUUAUA